GGACCACCGAGGACUACACCACUGCCAAUGUGGGGACAACCAAGGACUACACCACUGCAGAGGACUACAGCACUGCAGACAUAGGGACCACCGAGGACUACACCACUGCCAAUGUGGGGACAACCAAGGACUACACCACUGCAGAGGACUACAGCACUGCAGAUCUGGGGACCACCGAGGACUACACCACUGCAGACCCGGGGACCACCGAGGGCUAUACCACUGCAGAUGUAGGGACCACCAAGGACUACACCACUGCCAACGUGGGGACCACCGAGGACUACAUUACUGCAGACAUGGGAAACACAGAGGACUAUACCAUGGCCAACCCGGGGACCACGGAGGACCAUACCACUGCAGACGUGGGGAACACCGAGGACUAUCCCACUGCAGACCUAGGGACCACGGAGGACCAUACCACUGCAGACGUGGGGACCACUGAGGCCCAUACCACUGCAGACCCGGGGACCACCGAGGACUAUACUACUGUGGACCCGGAGACCACAGAAGACCAUACCACUGCAGACCUGGGGACCAACAAUGACCAUACCACUGCAGAGGUGGGGACCACUGAAGACUCUUUUACUGCAGACCCGGGGACCACCAAACACUACACCAGUAAACAUCCAGACACUCGCCCUGAGGGAACAGAUUCAGUAACCUCAGUGAAACCCACUAGGCGGCUGACACCUAUCGGAAUCAUCCUCAUCUCCCUGGCCGCCACCACAGUGGCAGUUUCACUCUUUGUUGGACUUGGCUUCUUUGUGGUGAGUAUUGGCCCAGGAAUGUGA